CUCCGGUCGAUCCUAGCUUAGCGGCGCUGUGUGUGUCCCAGGUACCACAUUUUCACUUUGGUGGAUGCUUCUCUCUCAACACCUUAUAGCUACUGCCCAGCUGCGUAACGAUCAUCAGAAUCAAUCGGAACCGAUCUCAGAUCCAGAGACAAAAAAAAGAGAAUAAUAAAGGCUGGAAACAGUUGUCCCGCUUGACGUCUUACUCUCGUUUGGGCCUUGUUUUUUCCUCUUUUCUCCUCUUCUGGAAAACACACCGGUUCCUCUUCACCUGACACGCAUGCUUUUUGGCGCCUUUAAUCCCCUUUCUUAUUUUCUCUAAAGUUUGGAACAAAGCAGCUUCACCCUUUACUUUAAUUGCAGAAGAAACCCUGACCCUUUUUUUUUAACGGCACUUCGAUCAGACCCACCAACGUCUCAUAUCGGGGGGAGACUACCGUUUCCUUUUUGGGCUAGAAUUUCUCCUAUUGCUUCUGUUGACGAAAGUCCUGGUUCUACUUCUUUUCCCUUUUCAAAAGAGAACUUGAGUUUGUCUUUGAACUAUCGUGGGUAAGGGCAACACACAAACAUAUAUACACACACAUACGCAAACUAGAACCUUACCAUGUCAGUCGGCGGGCCUUGCCUUUGGUUGCCUUCAUUAUCUUCGCCUGUUCCUUCGCCCCUAUCUGCAGUUACAUCUCAUCUAUCAGCUCGAAACAGCGAGAGACACUCUUUCGGGCCCAGGACUAUCUCACCGCGGUUAUCUGUGCAGAAGAAAGAGGAGCCCGGCGUUCCUGUUCCUGUGCACGCUCCAGUUCGUCCUGUUGAGAUGCAGCCGACUGGUUACAAGGCUGAGAACGCCUUAAAUAACCCGGUGGCACAACCCGUCAGCAUGGGUUCAGCGCCGUACUUGGAGAGAGAUGUUUCACGGGAUACGGUCAACCACCGGUUGGAGGCGGCGAAACAAGAUAUGCUUCCGCGUGUUAAGUUGGAGAUCCCGAGUCUGAAUCAGCGGGGCUUCUCGACCGUUCAACCCCUGGUCGGGCAUGGUGGUCAUCCUGAAGAAACGGGUGCUUCAUCGUUUUCUGGCCCGCAUGACCCGAGAGACGACCACGAGAGAGAAUCGACAAUCAGUCCUGAUGACGAUAAGGACAUGAUGGGUAGCGAUGACAAUAGAUCGCCUUCGAUGGAAAAGAAGAAGAUGAAGCGUUUUCGUUUAACACAUAACCAAACCCGCUUUCUGAUGAGUGAGUUCACUCGCCAGGCACAUCCCGAUGCGGCUCAUCGAGAACGUCUGUCGAGGGAAAUCCCUGGGUUGACCCCGCGUCAAGUGCAAGUCUGGUUCCAAAAUAGGCGAGCGAAGCUCAAGCGUCUCACUACGAAUGAUCGGGAGAGAAUGCUCAAAUCUCGGGCCCUUCCUGACGAUUUCGAUACCACAAAAGUUCUCCGCACGCCCUUCGAGGGCAAACAGUCAGGUGUCACGCCAGUGGCAUCUCCACAAGGCUACGGCGUUCCAAAUCCAGAUUUCGGGGCUUUGAGAACACUGCGUACCGAUUGCUACACCCGACCAAAUGAAGACGAGUAUCUCGUCUCCCCUCUCAGCUCUGCAUCCACAGCAGGAACCUACAUGUCCUCGACUGGACGAAAUGACAGCCUGUCUCAGUCAAAUAUGAUGUUCCGUCCUGCUGCGUCUUCCUCCAUGUCCGAUUUACAUAGAACCAUCCGCAACGAUUACCCAGUCACCAGAUCAAGCAGCUUGUCCGAUGCAUCGGCCCAUCCGUCACCAUAUGCGGGGUAUCCUAUGCAAAAUCGCUUCGCAGGACCGCAGCCAAAUCAGCCAGGUCUCCCGUAUAUGAGACGACCCAUGGAAUACGCUAUGCCUCGUCAUCCAGGUAUGGGACCCUAUGAUCAACAUCAAUCGUUCGAGGGCUCGGUGUCGCCGACAGACACUCAAGGUUCACAUAUUACCUAUGACAUGAACACUCUAGGGCCCCAACAACAAAGCUACAAUCUUGGAAUGGGCUCUCAACUACCAACCCAAGGCCGACCCAUGGCCACGAUGCAGAACCUGCCAGUCUCGGCAGCACAAGAUUAUCGGCCUUAUUCCUACGACGCCACCGCAGGCCCGAUGGGCACACCAAUUCCCUACACACAAGCAAAUACAUCGACUCUGAGUCUCCCAACUUCGGAGCCAUCUUACAACUACCCCAACUAUAUUCAGCAGUGAGGGGAUCAAGACAGUGGGCUUUAAAAAAUAACCGGCUGCCACUUGUCUGCUAUACGACAUCCUCGUUUUGCUUUCCACAUCUUCUCCAUCUUCUCCAUCUCAUCUCCCUCCGCCUUCUGGUUAACUGGUUAGCUGGGUUAACCAAGGAUCCGCGAUCUACAUCAGCGAGUAUUAAUCAUUAAUCAUUCUCAUAGCGUUCAUCAUUUCUGAUUUCAGGUUUCUGGUUUUUCUUUCUGGGUUUUUUUCUGUAUCCUGUGUUAUCAACUAUCUUUUUGAACCCUUUUCCUUGCCUGCAUCUACAUGUUUCGUUUGAUUACACCGCAUUGUUCCCAUUUUUGUCGUGUUUCUUUUGGUCUGGUCUGGUCUGGAAACUGGCGACCAUUGUUUGGGAAGCAGUUUGUCUAAGUUUAAUUGUUUCUGAUCUCAAGCCUCGGGAUGAAAGGUCGAAAUGGUAUAGAGAUGCUACUGUGUUUAGAAGUAGACAGACCAUCACAUCUACAAUUCACUUGAACCAAAUAAACCAAGUUGUCCUUGACA